GCGUUACUGUUGGCUCGCUAGUACUUAUGGGAUGGAAGUUGAAUAUUUUAGAGUCGAUUACGCUGUCCGUCUCUGUGGGUUUAUCUGUCGACUUUGCAUUGCAUCACGGAGUUGCAUGCGUGUUGGCUGUUGACAAGACUGACAGGAAGUCCAGGGUAUCCUUUUCUCUGGCUGAUAUGAGUUCGGCUAUUACUAUGGCGGCGUUUACCACCUUUAUUACAGGUUAGUAUGUUAAUAAUAAUAUAUAUCUCCAUAAUAAUAAGUCUUAUUGUCAAGUAAUCAGUUACCGUAGGUAGCAAAAGUUAAUCAAUGUGGGACGUGAUUCAUCACUAAUUGUAAUGAUAUAUUCUGUAUAAAAUACUGUAUGUGCGCGAAAGUAUAGUCUGAGUCUAUAAGAAUGAAGGAAAUAGAGAGGGAAAAUGUUUUUGAAAAGGGAAAAAAGAAAAGAAGGAAAGCAGAAAUGAGAAGAUGGAGUGCAGAAUAAUCACAGAGGCACGACGUCUUGUCGGCAAUUUUGAGGUUAAAGUGACUGCCGCCACGCUCGUAGCCAGUGCGCUAAAGAGAGCCAUCCCCCUAAAAAUUUCAAAAUGCUUGCUUGGCAUAGGUGUUUGGGGAACGAGUGCCUCUAGUAAGCGCACUGGUUAGGAACAUGGCAAUAGCAGUGCAAUUGCGAAUCAUGGCGUGGCGGAAGUUACAGGGUUUUGUUGAGUCUCACAUCUGUAAGGGCGCGAGGAAGCAUGUAAAGCGUGGAAGAAAUAAAACUUGGAAGAAAGGAUGUAGGGAUUAACGAAGAAGAGAGAAAGGCUGCAUGGAAGGGAAGAAGAAUGGAGAGAGGGUGAGGAAAAGCGACAAAGGAAGGAUGUAAGGAAAGAAGGGAAGAGAGGUGGAGGGGGGGGGGGGAUGAAGAAAGGUUGGAAGGAAGGAAGGAAGGAAGGAAGGAAAAAGGAAUGGAAGUCAGGAGAAUAGGAAGGGGAGAGUUGUAGGCAGGGUCUUAGCUAGGAUUUUAGGUUUUGGAUGUGUUUCUAAAUUGCCAGGGUGUGUACUUGCCAAUUACCGAGAAUGGCCAAUUUACGGCUCCAGUUAUAGGCUCGCCAACAAUAUAUAGACUAUGCCUGUGGUUGUUAUUUUCCGCACUGAUAUUACAGUCAAUUAAUUUAGAAACUCUUGGGGCAUUUAAAGCCAUUUUAACACCAUACGGUUCCCAUUACCUAUAUAUCCAUAUAAUUAUAUAAACAUAAAAACAUCACCGCGGAUCACUUUUACCAAUUUGAACAAAUUAGAUUUCACAAACUUUCUUACGACAUAAAUAGGAGUAAAUUCUGUCUUUUGUCGGUAACACAGUAUUUUACAGUAUGAACCUAUACAAAGGUUUGAACCUAUACAAACGAAAGUUAUGACUUAUUUAAAUACAUGACUUAUUUAAAUACAUCUAAAUCAUCCCGCCUCAUAUCUCAUCCUGGCAAAGCGGGAUCAUAAAAACAGCCCCUUAUUCAGCAAAUUGCGCAUGCUGCCUUUGAUCCCUUAUGCUUUUUGUGAUUGAUUUGCACUGUCAUACUUAGUUUCGGGAGAAAAGCAUUUCCGUAUCACUUUUUCCGAUGCUUUACCACAAAGAUUCCGACAACAUUGAUAAUUUUCCGACGCGUCUCAACUUGAAGCUAUAUAAUCAAGGAUUCCCUUUUUUAUUGCUGCGUAGCGAGCGAGCCUGAAGCGAGCGAGCGAAGCAGCAUUCUAAUAUGUGCAGAGAGGGGGUUUUGAAGUAAAUUUUAUUUAGCGCAUUGUAUUGUGGUCGUGUGCGCUUGCUAUGCGCAGAACACAAAAUAACGUACGACAAACAAUAUUUGAGGCGUAUUUGAAGGAUAUCGCUCAUUAUUAUUUUUGCACAAGUGGAACAUAACAAAUCCUACAAGGUGAUUGGUCAAAUUUGACGUAUUAAUCUGUUAUAUUCACCUACAGGUGAAUAUAACAAAAUCGAAAUUUUCAAGAUGGCGGCUAGCCGUUUUGUUGCGCCUAGCAGUAUUAGACUUAAUAAUACGAAAUCAGAUAGCAAAAACUUGUGUUAUAUAAUUCACCUGUACGUCUUACAGUGCGUCUACAGUAAGUGGGGCCACUUAGAGAACACUAACCAAUCGAAUUGUAGAACAAAAAGAAAAAUCUAAUCAAACUAAAGCUCGUCCAAUCAAAAGAAAGAUUCAGGAAGCCAUUAACUGCAGUGUUUACUUUUACAAGUCUAUUUUACCGUUUGACAUUCGUUAAUUUGUUCAAAUUGUUUUUGGCCUAAUGCUGAUUGGCUAAUGUGCCGUUUGUUGCUUUUUUUCAAUUUUUGUUCUGCAAUGUGAUUGGUUAGUGUUCUCUAAGUGGCCCCAUUUACUGUAGACGCACUGUAAGAAUGCUUUGUCGUUUGAAUUUAUACGCGUACUAGAGCAGCGCGUAUUAAAUUCAACAAAUUCCACUUGAUCUUGAAAAUGGUAUAUAUUCUUGCUUAUGAUUUAGUGAAUAUUACUUCCAUAAACAUUAACAUUAACACGCCUAUCCGUAACCUGUGAUUGCUCUUGAACCCGUGCAUGGUCUUGGCAACAAAUGUAUUGCUUUUUCUCAGACACUCAUGGCAUGAAUUCAUUCCGUAUUCCUUAAGCUCCGACCACAGUGCUCACGAGUCGCCGGCUCGCUGCGAGUAAUAAUUGCAAGCUUUAUGUAAUUUGUACUAUUUUUAGUUCUGUUUGCUCUUGGUGCCCGCAGCAAUCCUUACCUUGCAGGUACCCUUACUAGUACAAUACAUUUUAUCAGGGGCCUCCAAAAUUUUGCCAGGGGGGUCCCUGGCUACGCCUCUGGAGAAAAGGGGGGUCUGGGGGUCCUCCCCAGAACAUUUUUACAUUUGUGAAGCUCCAGAACUGAAUUUCUGGCGUUUUCUAAAGCGAAUUCACAAACAAAUUGCAUGUAAAUUGACUGUUUUUUACAAAAAUGUUUCUCAAAAAUAAUUACUUUAUUACGCAAAUUUUACCUGAAAAUGUCAAAAUUUUAACUUGAAUUUUACAUUAUUUUUGUUUGAAUUUCACAGUAGCGGGAGUUUUACACCCACACCCCCAGUCGCUACGUCCCUGACAACCAUUCCUUGCGAAGAUAUAAUGACUUAGAUUUCUAAAAAAUCCUCCAUUUUGAUCUAUUUUUAGUAACAGUAUGGCGGAUUUUUCGACAUUUGUAUCACUAUAUCUUCCCAUAAAAUGGUUGUAUUUAGAAACAGAUUUCAGUUUUAAAAUACCCUUAGUGUGCUGUUCUAAUUAGAUUUAUAAAUUCACCUGGCUUAUUUUUAAUUUUUUGCCGCCAAGUUUGUGACGUAGUUUAACCGCCAAAAAGUAGCAAUUCCAUAAACAAACGAUUUGUAAGAACGAUAUGUUCUAUAUUCAUGGAAAAUUUGGUAGAAACAGAAUGAGAAUUUCAGAAGUUCAAGCAUAUUGGUGCUUUUGCAUGCAUUUUUGACAGGCGUGUUCAUGCCAAAACAUGAGCCUAUUAAAUUGGACAUUUGCGUCUUUGAUCUUGCGCACGCGCUGUUGCUAUUUUUGUCAGUUUCUUGGUUUCAUAUUUCAUUUGAGCGUCAUAACAACACUGUUAGUUUGGCGGCCGAAAGUAAGGGACUUCGACUGGAGAAAGGAUUCUACAAAGUUGUAGAGGAUAGA